GAAACCCUAAUCCCCGAGUUAGAGUCUAGAAAGAUACGAAAGUAGUAACUAGCAGCACAGCGACCCCUAUUCUUUUUACUUCCGGGUUAAUGUAGCUUCGAGUUUGUUUACUUCCGGUGGCCAAUUGCCUAACAUAUCACUACGCUCGCAACCUAUCACUCCUCGUUGAGUCAAUGGCCACUGCGGUCUUGAUCGCUGCCGUCGUCGGUGGCGGGGUCCUGCUCGUCAUGCGCCGCUUGUUCCCCCGUCAGAACUCAGUCAAGCUUCUCCAGUACCCGGCGGGCUUGAUGCGAGGGAAAACUGUCAUCGUGACGGGAGCGAACAGCGGCAUCGGGAAAGCCCUAGCCGGGGAACUGCUGAAGCUCCAGGCACGCGUCAUCAUGGCUUGCCGGGAUCGGCAGAGCGCCACCGAGGCGGCCCGGGACAUCCAGGGACAUUCGGGCUCAGAGCUCGGGGAGGUGGUCAUCAAACAGUUGGACCUCGCGUCGCUCAGAUCGGUCCGUAAAUUUUGUCAAGAGAUUCAAGAGGAGGAGCCCAAGGUGGAUGUCCUCGUCAACAACGCGGGCAUCUACCAGUGUCCCUACUCCAAGACGGAGGAUGGCUUUGAGAUGCAGCUAGGCGUCAACCACCUGGGUCACUUUCUGCUCACUCACCUACUGCUCGACCUCCUCAAGAGUUCCGCCCCCAGUCGCGUGGUCGUGGUGUCCUCCAAAUUGUACAAGUACGGCCGAGUCAACUUUGAAGACCUGAACAGCGAGACGAAAUACAACAAAGCAUUCUGCUACAGUCAGAGUAAAUUGGCCAACCUGCUGUUCACCCUCGAACUGGCGGAGAGGCUGGAGGGCUCUGGGGUGACGGUCAACGCGCUCACGCCCGGCAUCGUGAGGACCAGGCUGGGCAGGCACGUUCACAUUCCCCUGCUGGCGAAGCCACUCUUCUACUUGGCUUCGCUGCUAUUCUUCAAGAGUCCACUAGAGGGUGCGCAGACGCCUCUCUAUCUGGCUUGUUCGCCGGAGGUGGAAGGGGUGUCGGGGAAGUGCUUCGCUAACUGCGAGGAAGAGGAGCUGCUGGAGAAGGCGACGGAGCGACAAGCGGCAAAGAAGCUGUGGGACGUGAGCUGCAGCAUGGUUGGACUUGAGGACUGAUUGGAUUCAGAACAUUCAGGUGAUAGAUG